CAGGGCUUUCUAAGACCGCGAGGACAUUGGAACUUUUGAUUCGGACAGCAUAUUCGGAGAAGGGACAGCAUAUUUGGCAAGAGGACGGCAUAUUAUUUAAGAGGGCAGCUAUUUUUACUUCUGCCACUAUAGCAUAUCGUUUGCAUCACCGAUAUACUUCGUCAACUCAGCAUACCUCAAAAUGACGCAAUUUAACGCCUAUACUGACAAAAAUACCCUUCAACACUAUCUUGAACUCGAGCAGGGUGAUAGGGUUCAAGUCAUGUACAUAUGGGUUGACGGCACGAUGGAACACCUUCGUUGUAAAACGAAAACUUUGGAUUCGGAGCCUCAAAAGCCCGAAGAUUGUCCAAUUUGGAACUUUGACGGCUCUAGUACUGGCCAAGCAGAGGGAUCCAACUCCGAUGUAUACCUCUACCCUGUUGCUAUGUUUAGAGACCCAUUCAGAAGAGGAAAGAAUAAGCUGCUGCUUUGCGAGACAUACGAUCACAAUAGGAAGCCACAUCCAACGAACAAAAGACAUGAGUGUAAGAAAGCCAUGAUAAAAGCAAAGGACAGUCAUCCCUGGUUCGGAAUAGAGCAAGAGUUCACUUUACUUGAUCAGGAUGGCCAUCCCUUUGGUUGGCCGAAAAAUGGAUUCCCAGGGCCCCAAGGCCCGUACUAUUGCGGAGUUGGCGCCAACAAGGUGUAUGGACGAGCAAUUGUAGAAGCUCACUAUAGGGCAUGUCUUUAUGCGGGCUUAAAGAUAGCGGGCACAAACGCAGAAGUUAUGCCCGGUCAGUGGGAGUACCAAAUUGGCCCUUGUGAAGGCAUUGAAAUGGGGGACCAUUUAUGGAUAGCUCGUUUCCUGAUGUAUCGCGUUGCUGAAGACUUUGGUGUAAUUGCAACAUUGGAUCCAAAGCCAAUGCCCGGGGACUGGAAUGGCGCUGGGGCCCACACGAAUUACAGCACAGUUGAGAUGAGGACGGGAGAAGGGGGACUAGAGUCCAUCAAUGAUGCUAUCGAAAAUAUGGCCCUGAAACAUAAGGAGCAUAUCGAAUCGUAUGACCCAUAUCGAGGGGAGUCCAACAAACGUCGACUUACUGGACGCCAUGAGACAUCAAGCAUCGAUGUUUUCACGGCAGGUGUCGCUCAUAGAGGGGCUAGUGUUCGAAUUCCACGCCAGGUGUCUGAGGAUGGAUUUGGCUAUCUUGAAGAUAGAAGGCCGUCAUCGAAUUGCGACCCAUAUGCCGUGACGGACAUUUUAGUAAGAACAACAAUACUGGAAAAGCCAUUGGAGACAAAGAAGAAGAAUAUAGAAUGAUUUAACAUUUCCAUACAAACGCAGCAGAUCGAGAGAUGAUUGUGCCUUGCGUUAUUACUGUAUAGUCUUCCAUCAAGCCUCUAUGUCCCCCUCCCAGUAUUGUCAUUCCCAGUGUAAGAGAUGUUUGUUCAUGGGGGUAGGCAAGGGUUUGAUACGAGACUACUCAUUUUCAAUUAUUUACCGAAACAUCGUUUACAAAAUAAAAAUACAUAUAGAUAAGCUACGCAUGUACAUAAGUUAAAUGUUAACUUCAUCCUGUUUUACGUGUUAUUAUAAGUGAUAGGUAUCGAUAUGGUGAACUGAAUUCAACAAUG